CAGCAGAGGUGUUUGAAAAAGAAAAAUUAAAAAGGAGAGUUCUUUCAUUAGAAAAGAAAAAUUAAAAAGGCCAAAUAAGAUGAGGCAGCAAUAGCAUGACGAGUGAAGGAUGGUUGGCCUCUACUCUGUGACAUUAUGUUGUUGUAUACAAUCUUCUUCUUCACUUUCCCUGCCAUUCUUCUCUACAAACCCUAGACGAUUAUUUCCUUGUAAUAUAUCACUUUCAAGAAUCUUUACAAUUCGUUCAUGCCAGAACCAUACAAAUUAUGGUGGUAUAAGACUAGAGGAGACUGUUCAAGUAGUACAUGCCAAGUCUGUAAAACUGAGACUAGAUUCUUGGAUAUCUUCUAGGAUUUCUGGGAUCAGUAGAGCUCGCGUUCAAUCAAGCAUCAAAUCUGGCCUUGUUUCUGUCAAUGGCAGGGUUGUUGAUAAGGUUUCGCAUAAUGUCAAGUUCGGGGAUAAGGUUACUUGCACAAUCUCGGAGUUGCAACCCUUGAGGGCCGAACCUGAGGACAUGCCCUUAGAUAUAGUCUAUGAAGAUGAGCACUUGUUAGUUGUUAAUAAGCCUCCGCAUAUGGUUGUUCAUCCAGCACCUGGUAAUCCAACUGGAACACUUGUAAAUGGUAUUCUUCAUCAUUGCAAUCUUCCAACAGUUGCAAUUUCAAGCCAGGAAGUUCUUUCAGAUGCAGAGGAUAGAUCUGAUGAUGAUGAAAGGUCAUACUCUAGCUCAUGUGAAUCAUCUAUUCGCCCGGGAAUAGUUCACAGGUUGGACAAAGGCACUAGUGGAUUGCUUGUUGUUGCCAAGCAGGAUGAACAUGCUCAUGCUCAUUUGUCUGAACAAUUCAAGCAACACACUAUCCAAAGAGUAUAUAUUAGUCUCACUUCUGGAGUGCCCUCUGCAUUGACUGGACGAAUUGACAUCCCUAUUGGUCGUGAUGUGAAUAACAGGAUUCGUAUGACUGCUAUUCCUGGACCAAUUAAGCAAGGACGGGCCCGUCAUGCUGCUAGUAGGUUUAAAGUAGUUGAGACACUUGCUGGCGGUGGUUCAGCUUUGGUUGAGUGGAGGUUGGAAACUGGACGUACUCAUCAGAUUCGAGCACAUGCAAAAUAUAUUGGAAUUCCUCUACUAGGUGAUGAGGUUUAUGGAGGCACCAGAAGCAUGGCUUUGUCACUGCUUCGACCCAGAAUCCCAUCUACCUGUCACAGUGAACUAUCCUUAUUGCUUUCAAAACUAGAAAGGCCUUGUCUACAUGCUUUGGCUCUUGGAUUUACACAUCCAUGCACAAGGGAAGAAAUACACUUUUCUUGUCCACCUCCUCCAGAUUUUUCUGAUAUCUUGUGCCUACUUCGUAAAAUGGGAAUGUAGAAGUUCUAAUCAGUUGAAGAUUGCGUGCCACGACAGGGAUCAACUGUGAUUUUUUAAAGAUCAAUGGCCACCAACAGGUAUGGGAGUUGGAACUAGCCACCAACAGUUAUUGAAGUGCAUGAUUCAGUUACAACAUUGACGGCAAUGGCCAAAAUGACAGUUCUAAUGGUCAGUAAUGGCACACUCUACAACACAAAGGCUAUUACUGCCUUCACUUCCUGCUGGAAAAGUUAGCUCUUUCCGUAACCACCGUAUAUUGGAGGCCGUGAAGAUCAUUUCAAAAAUGUUCGCAAAUUUGAGAGACAGAUCAUCUGUUCUUCUACUUGUCAGAUGAUGAAUUAGUUAUCGAAAAUAGUUUGUUUCCAUGACAAAGAAAAAGCAAAGCUGGCUAAAUAUUGAAAGCCAGAACCAAAAGUUGAUCAUGGCAUAACAUUUUUGCUUAAAAGUACAUACUUGUGCCAUCUCAAUUAUCCAUAUAUUUCAGUUGCAAAAUUAUCUUGCCUGAAAUGCAACUGCUGAAGGUGGAUAGACUCUUUUGACAAGCUCAGUUGCUCUGGCUAUUGAGCACCACACUGAAACAUUUACAAAGAAAGUAGUCGUUCACCGGUGCGUUGUACGGCUGUUA